GGGUUUUCAAGCGUGUAAAAAAAGAAAAACUGGAGGAAGUUUCUCGCGAUAUCCUAAUACAUCCGGCGUAAUAGCUCUCAGUGAACCACAGCGCCGGAGAAGCUUUAAGAUCGCGAGACCUCUACAGUUGCAGGGGAGAGUAGAAGGCGCGGUGAUCUCGCGAAAGAAAAGCUACUUGGAGAGCUCGCGAUAUCUCAGACCACCAGACCCGAAAGGUUCUCAGAGAGUUGAAGGGCCUGGAGGAGGCCCCGGGGCAAAUGGCCGGAGCUGGACCGACCAUGUUGCUACGAGAGGAGAAUGGUUGUUGCAGCCGGCGUCAAAGCAGCUCCAGUGCUGGGGUUAGCGCGGGCUCGGGUUCCGAGGACUCAGAUGGGGAGCGCGAGGACUCGCCAGCUGCGCGCGCCCGGCGGCAGCUGGAGGCUCUACUCAACAAGACUAUGCGCAUUCGCAUGACAGAUGGACGGACACUGGUCGGCUGCUUCCUCUGCACCGACCGGGACUGCAAUGUUAUCCUAGGUUCCGCGCAGGAGUUCCUCAAGCCUUCGGAUUCCUUCUCUGCUGGGGAACCCCGUGUGCUGGGCUUGGCCAUGGUACCAGGACAUCACAUCGUUUCUAUUGAGGUGCAAAGAGAGAGCCUGGCGGGGCCUCCCUAUAUCUAACCACGAUUGCGCAUGCCUUUCAGACUUCAUUAAAUUUGUAACCGAAGUG